CUUCCGUUCAUUCACCCUCAGAAAAAGAUGCAUAAGUCUUUCUUCUUCUGAAUCAAAAUUCGAUUACAGUAGCAGUAGCAGUAGCAGCUAUGGCAUCUUUGAAAUUGCCCCUUUCUUUGGAUUCUAUUGAUUCAAAGAAACUUAAUUUCCAUGUCAACCCAUCUCAUUUACCCGAUCAAUGUUCCGGCUUUUCAUUCACUAGUUGUUUUCACGUCACCAGAGCUGCUUCCAUACUCGGUUCUUUGACUAGGUUCAAACAUAUUAGAGUCUCUCGCUUUGGAACUGAACCAAACCCAGUCGAUAGAGAUACCCUUUUUUCUUCCAGAAACGAAUUAGGGAAUGAAAACCCAGAAUUUGUUAAGGGGAAAGAAGGCCGGAACCACCAGAAAGGGGUUAAAAGAAAUGUGGGUUUCAAGUUUGGUUUCAGAAGGAUUAAUAAUGGAGCAGAAAGAGGCGAUUUUCUUGUGUUUAGAAAUGGCGGGCUGGAUGUUGAUUACUCUGCUAUUACGCAUGACUUGAAAUUGGGGGAUUGUAAUUCUAUAUUGAAAAGACUUGAGAAGUCUGAUGAUGGUAAUGCUUUGAGAUUUUUUGAGUGGAUGAAGAGCAAUGGGAAACUAGAGGGAAAUGUGACUGCUUACAGAUUGGUUCUUCGGGUGUUGGGUAGGAGAGAAGAUUGGGACGCGGCUGAAUCGAUGGUUAGGGAAGCAAAUGGUGAUUCGAGCUGUGAACUUAACUCUCAGGUUUUCAAUACAAUCAUAUACGCCUGUUCUAGAAGGGGUCUUGUUGAAAUGGGUGCAAAGUGGUUUAGGAUGAUGCUGGAAUAUGGGGUUCAGCCGAAUGUUGCCACUUAUGGGAUGCUUAUGGGACUUUACCAGAAGAGUUGGAAUGUUAGGGAAGCAGAAUUUGCGUUUUCACAAAUGAGGAAUUCUGGCAUUUUAUGUCAAUCAGCAUACUCCGCGAUGAUCACGAUUUAUACGCGGUUGAGUUUGUAUGGCAAAGCGGAAGAGAUUAUUGGCUUCAUGAGAGAAGAUAAAGUCGCAUUGAAUCUCGAGAAUUGGUUGGUGAUGCUUAAUGCUUAUAGUCAAAGUGGCAAGUUAGAGGAGGCUGAGCAGGUAUUGGCUUUGAUGCAAGAAGCGGGCUUUUGUCCAAAUAUUGUUGCAUACAAUACACUGAUCACAGGGUAUGGAAAAGCAUCAAAUAUGGAUGCAGCUCAACGUGUAUUCCUGAGCAUCCGGCAAGUUGGAUUACAUCCUGAUGAAACAACUUACCGUUCAAUGAUUGAGGGCUGGGGGCGAACUGGCAAUUAUAAACAGGUAGGAUGGUAUUACAAGGAGCUGAAACAGCUCGGAUUCAAGCCUAACUCGUCCAACUUGUACACGCUACUAACUUUGCAAGCAAAGUGUGGGGAUGAAGAGGGUGCCAUCAGAACACUUGAUGAUAUGCUCAAGAUGAGGUGCCAACAUGCGUCAGUCCUUGGUACUGUUUUGCAAGCAUAUGAGAAGGCUGGGAGGAUCGAUAAAGUGCCUCUUGUUUUAACUGGGUCUUUCCGUCAACAUGUUUUAGAUGACCCGACUUCUUGUUCUAUUCUGGUCAUGGCUUAUGUCAAAAGUGGAUUAGUAACUGAUGCAAUUGAAGUGCUGAGGAGAAAAAAGUGGAAGGAUUCAUCUUUUGAAGAUAACCUGUAUCAUUUAUUAAUUUGCUCUUGCAAGGAGUCGGGUGAUCUUGAUAAUGCUGUUAAGAUAUUUUAUCAAAUGCCCAACUCAGAAAAAAAAACCGAACUUGCAUAUAUAUGUACAAUGAUCGACAUUUUCAGUGCCAUGGGUAGCUUUGCUGAAGCAGAAACACUCUAUUUGAAGUUGAAGUCUUCAGGAGUUGCCUUGGACAUGAUUGGCUUUAGCAUUGUUGUAAGAAUGUAUGUUAAAGCUGGAUCUUUAAAAGAUGCUUGCAGUGUUCUACAAACGAUGGAGAAGCAGAAAGACGUUGUCCCCGACGUAUAUCUGUUCCGUGAUAUGCUUCGAAUUUAUCAGAAAUGCAAUAUGCAGGAUAAAUUAGCGAAUCUUUAUUAUAGAAUUCUGAAGAGUGGAGUUACCUGGGAUCAAGAAAUGUAUAACUGUGUCAUUAAUUGUUGUGCACGUGCUUUGUCUGUCGACGAGCUUUCCAAGAUAUUUAACCGGAUGCUUCAGCGUGGUUUUACUCCUAAUACUGUAACCUUCAACGUCAUGCUUGAUGUUUAUGGUAAAGCCAAACUUUUCAAGAAGGUCAAGAAACUAUUCUGGAUGGCAAAAAGUCGAGGCUUGGUGGAUGUAAUCUCUUACAAUACUAUCAUAGGUGCAUAUGGACAAAAUAAGGACUUCAAGAAUAUGUCGUCAACAGUUCGAAAAAUGCAAUUUAAUGGUUUUUCAGUUUCACUCGAAGCCUAUAAUUGUAUGUUGGAUGCAUAUGGGAAAGAAGGUGAAAUGGAGAAAUUCCAAAGUGUCUUGCAGAGGAUGGAGGAAUCGAAAUGUACUUCAGACCACUAUACAUACAACAUUAUGAUCAAUAUAUACGGAGAACGGAGAUGGAUUGAUGAAGUUGCUGUUGUGCUGAGUGAACUGAAAGAAUGCGGACUACGACCUGAUUUGUGCAGUUACAACUCAUUGAUUAAGGCAUAUGGAAUUGCUGGAAUGGUGGAAGAUGCCGUAGGUUUGAUCAAGGAAAUGCGAGGAAAUGGGAUAGAGCCUGAUAGGAUAACUUACAACAAUCUGAUAAACGCAUUAAAAAAGAAUGAUAAGUUCUUAGAGGCUGUUAAGUGGUCAUUGUGGAUGAAGCAGAUGGAAUUGGAAAAUGCAGAUGGGCCUACGUGAUCGUUUUUGCUCCUGUCCAUGCUCCUCCAACAUUCUACCUACACGACCCCUGUAUAAUGUACCAACGAUAAUGUACACCGAGCUAAACUCAAACGACUUUUCACCCCACUAUUACAGCCAGUAACUUUAUUUGGAUGUUCUUUUCUCCAUUUUAAGAGCAUGAUUAACUAUUAGUUUCUUCUUCAGCCUUCAACAAAUCUCAG